UUUUAUGGUUUGCGAAAAGUGGGAAGAGCAACAUGUCACGGCUUCCCGCAGUACGAUCUUGAAUUCCAUGACUACACGAAUCAAAAGCGUGCUUCCAAAACAGUCAAAGAUAAAAAGAGGAUAACUUGAGACGAGGAUGUUAACGCAUGGUCAAAUCCAGAACCUACCCACGCCACGUGCGGGGUCUACCUGGAAGAAAAGGUUGGGGGAGAAGCGUCGUCUUGUUUCUGCCAUCUUGCAGCUACCCCUGGAAGCUGCCGUAACUACCCUGUAUUUCUCUCUGUGUCUGUCUCUUUGAAUUUCGAAGGGACUGUUGGGGAGUCGAGUGUCUUGGGAGUUUGGUGAGAGAGAGAGAGGGGGCGUCGGAUCGGUAUUCGUCAUGUGGCGGGACAGAGUGUGCCCCUGCUUCUGGUUCGGGAACGGCAACCGCCAUGAUGGGGAAGCUUCUGAGGAGAGGAACCCGGUGCUGCUGGUGUCCGGGAUGGGCGGCUCCAUACUCCAUUCCAAGAAGAAGGAGGACAAGUGGCUGGGGUUCGACACCCGGGUCUGGGUCCGCAUCCUCCUCGCCGACUUGGAGUUCAAGAACAAGCUCUGGUCCCUCUUCAACCCCUCCACUGGAUUGACCGAGUCAUUGGAUGAUGAUGCUGAAGUUGUGGUUCCUGACGAUGAUUAUGGGCUCUAUGCGAUCGACAUACUAGACCCAUCAUGGUUUGUGAAACUUAUACGUCUGAAAGAGGUGUAUCAUUUUCAUGAUAUGAUCGACAUGCUCAUGGGGAUAGGGUAUAAGAAGGGAACCACGUUGUUUGGAUAUGGUUAUGAUUUCCGGCAAAGUAAUAGAGCUGACAAGCUCUUGGAGGGUCUUCGAUCAAAGUUGGAAACUGCUUACAAAGCUUCUGGAGGGAGAAAAGUUGACAUUAUUUCUCAUUCAAUGGGUGGAUUGCUGGUGUCAUGUUUCCUAUCACUCCAUCAAGAUGUCUUUUCAAAGUAUGUAAGGAAGUGGAUUUGUAUUGCAUGCCCUUUUCAAGGUGCACCGGGAUGCGUCAAUGACUCUCUCUUAACCGGACUGCAAUUUAUUGAAGGGUUUGAGAGCUACUUUUUUGUGUCUAGGUGGACAAUGCACCAAUUGUUGAUUGAGUGUCCAUCAAUAUAUGAAAUGAUGGCAAACCCUGAGUUUGAGUGGGCGAAGCAGCCUGAGAUUGAAGUCUGGCAGAAGCAUUCUAUCGAUGAGGAUGUUUCUGUCAACUUGGAGACCUAUGGUCCCCUAGAAAGCAUCCAACUUUUUGAAGCAGCAUUGCGAAAUAAUGAGCUAAAUUACCAAGGACAGACAAUAGCCUUGCCCUUUAACCUCUCUAUUCUCAAAUGGGCUGCUGAAACUCGCAGAAUUAUCAAUGAUGUUGAUCUUCCUAGUGAGGUUGAGUUCUAUAACAUAUAUGGAACAUCUUUGGACACGCCUUUUAAUGUUUGUUAUGGUUCAGAGGCAUCCCCCAUCGAGGACUUGUCUGAAAUAUGCCACACUUUGCCUCAGUACUCUUUUGUGGAUGGAGAUGGGACAGUCCCCACAGAAUCAGCUCGGGCUGAUGGAUUCAAGGCGGUGGAGCGAGCAGGGGUUGCUGCUGGUCACCGACAACUACUAUGCGACAGUACUGUCUUUCAACUCAUCCAAAAAUGGUUGGGAGUUGAGCAGGUUAGCUACAGCAAGCGCGGUAGGACUUCGAGGGUAAUGGAUUUUUCUUGAAGAGUAUAGAGAUAGGAUAGAGAGUCUACUCGUACCACAGAAUUUGUUCUCCAAGUCCUUUCCUUUCUCUGGAAAUUGGAAACUGUUAUGUGUGUACGCAUUGUCAAGAAUGUUAGAUCCAUCACCAUUUGAAUGUAAAAGAUGAAAAUUCGAUUUUAUGAUGAUGAAUCUGAAAGUUGAUGUCCAGGA